GUUUACUUGGUAGAUUAUGGGCUGGCAUACAGGUAUGCACCCGAUAGUGUGAUAAAAGAGUACAAGGAGGACCCCAAGAGAUGUCACGACGGUACCAUCGAGUUCACAAGCAUCGACGCACACAAGGGAGCAACUGCGUGCCGGCGCAGCGACCUGGAGAUCCUGUGUUACUGCAUGGUGCAGUGGCUGUGUGGACGCCUGCCCUGGGAGGACAAGCUGCAGGACCCCCUCUACGUCAGAGAUUGCAAAAUCAGGUGAGCGGCACACAUCAUGUCUGACCAAC